AGCAUCAGUCACCCAGGGACUGUCAAAAUGAGUGACAACACUGCUUUGGUUCCUCCAGCACAAAGCCAGGGUCCCACCACCCCACGCAAAGGGCCCCCCAAGUUCAAGCAGAGGCAGACUCGCCAAUUCAAGAGCAAGCCUCCAAAGAAAGGUGUGAAAGGGUUUGGAGAUGACAUUCCAGGGAUGGAGGGGCUAGGAACAGAUAUCACUGUGAUUUGUCCCUGGGAGGCAUUCAGCCACCUAGAAUUGCAUGAGCUGGCUCAGUUUGGGAUUAUCUAAAACAGCAAAGCCUCUGUCACUCUCAACAGCAACUCCUGCAAAUUUGAUUGCUCACACCUAUUGAUCUG